AUGACGCCCAAAGAAAUGCUUGUACGUGGUUUCCAGGAGCUGUGCCGUCAGCUUGCUGAUGAUGCGCAGUUCAUGUUACCACAACCCCUUUUCGGGGAGGAGGACACGGAAGUGCAACAGCUUCCUCAAAUGUGGUUCUGUUUCUAUCAGGCGAUCAGUGGGAUGUAUGCGCCAGUGUCGGGCAAAGCGUCGGAGAAACACGUGCAGUUCUACCUUUCGGUACUGAACCUCUUCCUACACGUAGACUCGCAUCGCUGGGCGAAGGCCGCAGCAGGUUUGGACUUCAUCGUAAGCAUCAACUCACCACUCCUCGCCCAGUUCUUGCAUGUCUUCGAAGUUCUGGGAGUUGGUACAGAAGAGUGGCUCUACUCGCUGUACAUCGUUUUCAAGAUCCGGAAGAACAAAGAAGCGCCUCUGAAAGAUGCUCUGAAUUUUGAGUUCGUGCUCGCCGCUCUGUUCGUGGGAAGUCAGCAAGCGAAAGCCUAUGACCGGGUUGCGACGAAAGUGAGUGAAACAGAGAUGUCCGAAGAGUUAUCUUAUUGGGCUGAAGAGUUUGAAUGUCCACGCAUCUGCCAGCUCGCAGGAGUCCUCCAAGAGCAGUGGGAGGAUUCCUGCAAAGAGAUGACCGAGGUUGCGCUGGAGAAAGAUAGCACUCUAACAGGCGCGGAGAUCUUUGCCAAAGACUGGUGCAAAUUCUCCGAUCACGCGAUGGAGUGGGUCUGCGAUGCCUUUGCUCCGAAGGUUGACAAGUCCCGCCCGCUCACACCUGUGUGGAGAGACCGAGAAGAACUGCGAAUGUGUCACUUGAACAACCUCAAGAACCAGCCUAAUCCUUUUGCAAUUCAACCAGACCUGCACUGGAAUUCAGACCUGUUUGCCAGACGAUUUUGUCGAUUGGCGUAUGGCACGUCCAUGCUCGAGAGUCCCCCGCCAGAAAUCUUGGAAGUAGCAUAUAACUUCCACGCAGGAUUCCACGAGUGUGAUGGUAUCUCAGAUGAGACCAUCACCCUAGCUCUCCUGUACGCUUAUAAGUUUGCCUGUUCAGGGGAUUUGAAGGACGAGUCGAUUUCAGGUCAUAUCGCCAUGGCCGUAUGUCUCUAUUUCGCAAGUACUUUACAAUACGACAUUGACUACACGCCAAAAACGUUUGCGGAUGUGGCAAGGAUUAAAGUCCCCGGAUUCGUUAAAGUUAAGGAACGGCUCGUCAAAGUGACUAAGGGUGACAUUCACGUUACUUGCGAGGAAUGGACGGCUUGGCAAGGUGAGGGGAUUGAAGAAGCGUUGACCAAUCCCAAGCAGACACGUAGUAAGGAGGGUGCUGCCCAGGCCGAAGAAGAACUAGACCUCUUCCUCCAGGAUGUGGAUUCCGGCACUGAGGCUGACGUUGACACUAUUGAGGACGACAGAGAUGAUGAGGAGGAAACUGGUGAGAGCAUUGAGAGCGGACAUCCGGAAGAAAGCUCCGUUCCGUUUACACCCCUCUUCUCGAACUUCCCGCAAGAUUCGACCCUGUCUCCGGCUACAACCGCCGUUCCCGAAAUCAUUGUCAACGGCCCUGAGCUCAGCCAAGGCGGGUCGACAGUGGAAAGUCCUGUCAAUGUGCAGACUUCUGGGAGACCUGAUCUUGUGCCGUCACCCACUGAAGGCUGCUUCAAGUUUGAGGAGAAGAAGGCCGCUGAUGAGAACUGCAUCUCUACUCCCAAACGCCCAGCACUGACCUCCAUUCUGGCCGUGCGAGGCGAUCAUCUAAGCGAUUCCCUGACGUGCACCGUUUCGGUUCAAGAGGUGGCCGGAAAGUUUGGCGGAUCCAUCUUCAGAAGGCACAACAGUGUUCAGUUCCGACGUGCUUCGUUCGAAAGUCCGGUACAUCUGCGGGCUGGACACCAAAAGGCGGCGAGUUACAGCUGUCCGGACUUCUCGGCGCACGACAAACGGUCGAAAGGCUUCAGAGUUGGGAGACUGAAGGUUUCGCAGCUGUUCAGCUUCUUCGAGCCCCGCCGUUAG